AUGCAGAUCCCGCUCCGACCCCUGACGGCCGUCGCCGCCGCCGUCGCCACGGCGGCCGGCGCGGUGCUGCCGACCGACGGCCAGCCGCGGGACGCCACGCUCCCCCACGUCUUCGACGUCUGCCCGGGGCUGCCGUCGGGCUGGUCGUGCGUCAACCCGUGGACGGGCAUCCACUGCCAGAGCGGGCGGCUGCGGCUGACCAAGCACUGCCCGCCGGGCCAGUGCUGCGCGCAGUCGGGCGGCGCCAUGAGCUGCAGCGUCGAGGAGUGCUGGCGCGGGGACGACAUCACCACGCGGGCGGCCGCGACCGAGACCAACGGCGGGGCGGGGCGGCAGUGGCGGCAGCAGCAGCCGCGCGCGGUCGGGACGCAGCGGGACGAUCUCAAUGCCACCUUCACCACUUGGGCGGCGAGCACCACGGACACGACCACGGGCCUUGCGAGCUGGGGCGAGAGGUUCACGGCGGCGGCCGAGACGACGGUGCCGCCAACGACGACGCGCAAGACGGGGGCGACGGCGACCCGGGCCGAGUGGGAGCCCGAGUGCUCCAUCUCGGUGAUCCGGUGCAAGGCCAACACGGUGCAGGCGUGCAACGGGCGGCACCAGUGGGAGGACCUCGAGGUGUGCGUGCCGGGCACCAGGUGCGAGACGCGGUACAACACGGGCCAGUGCGUUUGA